AAUGCCUUUCUACGAACUUGUUUGCAUAGCUCGUCACAACAUUGUCGAGAGUAAUUUGAAAGAUCUUUUAAAGUCUUCAGCAAAGCAAGUCAUUAACCGUGGUGGUGUUGUUCGUGGUUUUGACAACUGGGGUGACAUGAAGAUUCCCCAUAGAAUCAAGCGACACCAAGAAUAUUUCACUGAUGGAAGAUAUUGGGCCAUGCAUUUUGAUGCCAAUCCUCUUAUUGUUCAAGAAUUGAGCAAGAAGCUUUCUGUGGAUACUCGUGUGCUGCGUCAUACAUUUGUGAAGCUUGGUGAUAAGCUUGAAACUGUUGUUGCUAGACCUGACAAGACAUAAAUAGUAUCAUCUGUAGAAAGCGGAUCAUUUUUCUUUUUGUAAAUACUCAUUAAACAAAUGUUUUUUUUUUAUGGAUACAUAA